AUGGCUUUGAUGGAAACAUUUUUUAUCUCUCAUGGAGAUCCAACACUUGCUAUUUAUGAAACCGUACCAGCAAGGCAGUUCUUUGAAUCAUGGCAACAAAGUGUAUAUAAACAGAAACCAAGUUCCAUUCUUGUUAUUUCUGCUCAUUGGGAGACCAAAGAACCUACUGUUAAUGUUGUUGAUCGAAAUGAUACCAUUCAUGACUUCACUGACUUCCCUAAGCCUUUGUACCAGAUUAAGUAUGCAGCACCGGGAGCUCCAAAAUUGGCUAAGAGGGUGAAGGAAUUGCUUAUGGCAUCUGGCAUUGAGCAAGUUGAUGAAGACGAAAAAAGAGGGCUUGACCAUGGUGCUUGGGUUCCACUGAUGUUCAUGUAUCCGGAGGCUGACAUACCGGUGUGCCAGCUCUCCAUCCAGUCGGAUAGAGAUGGCACUCACCAUUACAACAUGGGGAAGGCCUUGGCUCCUCUCAGAGAGGAAGGUGUCCUCAUCCUAGGAUCAGGAUCUUCUGUGCACAACCUGGAUUCCAGGCUACCUAAUGGCAGUUCUGCUCCUUCAUGGGCAUUGCAGUUUGACGACUGGCUUAAAGAUGCUCUUAUUGAACGAAGAUAUGAAGAUGUGAAUCUCUACGAGUCAAAGGCACCAAAUCCAAAAAUGGCUCACCCUUCACCAGAUCACUUCUACCCGCUGCAUGUAGCCAUGGGUGCAGCUGGUGAUGAUGCUAAGGCCAAAUUAGUGCACACCAGUUGGACUCAUGGAACCCUAUCUUAUGCGUCCUACCAGUUCACAGCACCCAAAUAA